AUGCUUUUCGGCGUGCUCGCGUCCUCGGGUCUCGCGCUAGUGCAAACGACCCAGGUGGUUGCCGUGCAAGUUACCGGCGCGGCAUCAACGGUGCGAGUUGCCGGCGUGGCACCGAGCGGGCUCUUUCCCUCACCGCUCCUCGCCUCGACGGCGGCAGAGCGGGAGGUGCAGGAGCAGUACACGGCGGAGGACAGGGAGGCUGCCAGGCUGAAGGGCGCCGCCUUUCUUGCUCUCGGCAUCGCCCCUUCUUUGUACGCGCAGAGCAAGCUGGGUAAAUCCAAGGACGGUUCGAAAGUCCGCCGCAUGACGCAUGAACUGUAUAUGCGGGUCAGCACGGGGACGCUUGUGGCUUGUUCCAAGUGCAACUCCAUUUCUCCUGCCUCCUGGCUCUAG